AUGACGUCGUACAAUCCAUCCUCAUUUCAGGUUCAAGCCUUGGCCUCGAGUAUCUCGAGAAGGCUAUCGAGUGAAACAAACGCUUUGCUCGUGAACAUAGUGCCGACGGGAAGACAAGCCAAACGACAUGCACAACAAAUCAACUACGCCGAGGAUUUCGGAGAUGAUUUCGAGUUUGAGUCGACACCCAACGACUUGGCGUACGAGAACGGGAGAAGCAGCCGAACUAUCAUAGAAGCCAAGACGCAGGUCGACAUUCAGAAGUUUACACCAGCGCGAAACACGCCGAGACUCAAACUGCUCGAGAAUGAGAUUAACGUGAAUGCUCAAACAGGCAAGCCCGACGUGUUGAUACCUAUCAAAUUGAAUAUCGAGAGCACGCACACCAACCACAAGCUCAAUGACAUAUUCAUGUGGAACAUGAAUGAGUCGCUAGUGACCCCCACCGAUUUCGCCGCGAUUCUUUGCAAUGACCUCGAGUUGCCCAACCAGAUGAUUACCCAAAUUGCCGACUCAAUCACGCAGCAGUUGGACGAGUACUCGUAUGCGUCGAGUCUUACCAUCUCAAACAGGAACCCGUGCAACGUCAUCAUUGACUUGUCCGUCAAUUUGAAUAAACAGUUGUACCAGGACAGGAUAGAAUGGGACUUGAACCAAAACGAAGUCACGCCAGAACAGUUUGCAGAGAUUGUUGUUGCCGACCUCGGUCUCUCCUUGGAGUUCCAGCUCGCCAUCUCGCACGCCUUGCAUGAGAUUAUCAUCCGGGUCAAGAAAGAAGCCAUCGACGGGUCUUUCAAUAACGAACUUCACAACUUGCAUCUUGUCAAGGGUAUAAUAUUCGAGAAUGGGUUGAGGAUCUUUACGGAGAGCAGCAUCUCAAAUGGCAAUGACCGCUGGGAACCCUCGGUUGAGAUCUUGAGCUCGAGCGAAAUUGAAAGAAGGGAAAAUGAAAGAAUCAGAAACUUGAGAAGAUUAAAGAGAGAAAGCAUGAGACGAGAUUACGAUGAGAAUCCGCUGAAAAAGAGACACGUUGGACGGCCAAGAAAGGAGGAGUAUUCCACUGGUGAAUGGAGGUGA